CCGCCACGAGCCUCCGCCGCCUGCUGUUUAUAAGCACAUUCCCCAUCCUCUUCUUCCUACUCGGAUACACUAUUUACAUUCCUGUCACCCGUACAACAGCCAAAUCCCUAUCUUCCGACCUCUCCCCCGCCUCUUGUGUAUACUCGUCUCAGCUCCGUUUAACCCGCUAUACGCAUCCCUAUUCCAUCACCAAGGGACACUCGCCGAUCACAAGAUCUUGCACCAUGUUCUCCUUGGACGAGAAGCUUGCUGGCAUGAAGAUAGGCAAAUACAGAUAUAACGAUCCGUGGACACAGGUGUUCAUCGUCGGAUUCGUCUGCUUCUGUUCAGUUGGCCUCUUUAGUGCUAUCAGUGGAUUGGGAGCUGGUGGUACUCAAGACACUGCUCUCUCAGACACUGCCAAUGGUGUCCUGUACGGCUGUUUUGCGAUUACUGGUUUCGUUUCGGGAAGCAUCAACAACGUUCUCGGUCCUCGACUCACCCUCUCCAUCGGCACUACUGGUUACUCUCUCUACGUCGGCUCCCUCUGGGCUUUCCAACUGCAUGGUACUCGAUGGUUCUUGAUUCUGGCUGGUGGUAUUCUCGGAGUCACCGCCGCCCUCCUCUGGUCUGCCCAAGGAGCAAUCAUGAUGUCGUAUCCUAUGGAAAAGGACAAGGGGCGUUCAUUCUCUCUCUUCUGGACGGUCUUCUUCAUGGGCAACAUCAUGGGGUCGGCUAUUGCUUUGGGUAUCCAGGCGCAUAGUACUAUGCCGGAAGUAUCUACGGUCAUCUAUGUCGUCUUUAUGAUCAUUCAGCUCACUUCUAUCUUGACCUCCUGGCUCGUCUUGCCUCCUCAUCUUGUGAUUCGAGGCGACGGUACAGUUGUCAAGAUUGAAGAUGCCAUCACUCCGAAAGAAGAGUUCAAGUACUUUUUGGGAAUGUUUAAGGAUAUCAAAAUGCUCUUGCUAUUCCCCAUGUUCUUCGCAUCAAACUAUUUCUAUGCCUACCAAGGAGCUAUCACCACCUUCCUCUUCAACGGCCGAACCCGUGCUCUCGUAUCCCUCCUCACCGGUAUCGGCGCAGUCACCGGAGCCGUCUUUAUCGGUACCGUACUCGACAAGAUGCCCGUCUUCUCCCGAAAGAAGAGGUCUCUCAUCGGUCUUGGUGUGGUUGCCGUGCUCAACAUUAUCAUCUGGGCUGGAGGUCUUGGGUUCCAAGUGCAGUUCUCAAGGGCGACAGAUCACACUGUCUGGGAUUGGUCUGAAGGACCCGCAGUCGGACCUAUCAUCCUCCUCAUGGCCUACUACAUCGGCGACGCUUCCUUCCAAGGUCUCGCGUACUACACCAUGUCUUGCAUCACCAACGACCCCUUCCGCCUCGCUCGUAUGGCCGGUUACUACAAAGGCAUCCAAUCCGCCGGCGCCGCCGUCUCUUUCGGCAUGGACGCUGUCGCCACCCCCUUUCUCACUGAGCAUCUCGUCAGCUGGAUUAUCCUGCUCGUCUCACUGCCUUUGUGUGGGUACGUGCUCUGGGGGUGCUCGGACAGUAACUACGAGAAGGAGGGUACGGUGAAGGUGGAGGAUGUGGAUGGGGGUGUGAUUGGGGCGGCGGCGGUGCCUCAAGGGCAUCAUGUGCAUGGGGAGGAUCAUGAGGAGCAGCAUGUUCCGGGAGAGAAGGACUCGUCCGUGGGUGAUGAGAAGGAGAUUCAAAGGGUCGGGGUUGUCGGCGUUCCGGAAGUGUAAUAGACGACUGUGUUUGUUGUUUGCCUUUUACUUUUAGUUGUUUUUUUGGGGGCAAGGUCGUAAUGCCAGGUUGUCAUCAUAAAGUAUUUCACUUUCAUGUGCUGGAUGCUCAGAGUUGCAUGGCGCAAUUGAAUUUUAGUGGAGAUUAUCGUUGUCAUAAUAUGCAGCUGUGUUGAUCAGAA